AUGUCUGGAAGAACCACCAAUACACCUCCUAUCAAUGCCCUUUUCAAAUAUCUCCAAACCCAAAAGCCUGUCUCAAUAUGGCUAUACCAGCAACCUCAAAUACGCGUGACAGGUACAAUAAGGGGAUUUGAUGAGUUUAUGAAUGUGGUGCUCGAAAAUGCUGCAGAAGUGUCUGUCAAAGAUGGUAAAAAAAGAGAGUUAGGAAUGAUGUUAUUGAAAGGCGAUACAAUUUCUCUAAUAUCUGCCGUGUAG